AUGGCUGUGCGGCAUCCCAAACGACCCCGUCAUGCGGGUCCCUCGUCGCAUUUCCACUCUGAUCACCCGCCACCUCUUACUCCUACAGACUCGCAGCCGAUGACUAUCAUUUUCGCAAACACCGAGCUUCUCGGUCGUACCACUCGCUUGCACCCCCCCUUCUUGUUCUACCUGGCCGGCAGCGUUUUACCCAACAUAUUGGAUCUUCAUCUAGACGCUCACUUCGGCACUGAUCCUCCAGAUAUUGAUCCUUUCGUCACCGACGAACCUCUUUUCAGCGACUUCCUCUAUGAGCCCGAUGGUCCUAUCAACCUUCCACGCCCACAUCUGUCUGGCCUCCAGAAAAAGCAAAAUCAAUGGCGGAGAUGGUCUCAAGAAGUCGUCCCUUCCCUCAUCAAACCUUACCUUGCCUACCGCCGGCGAUCAGAAUCCUUGCAAUCCAACCCUGACCUUGGUCUCCUCACCGGAGACAAUUUACGUUGCAGUUUGCAAGUCAUCACCAUUUCCUGCUGUGAGUGUUGCCCGGCACCACUCCAACUCAUGACGCGUGGGUUAUUUGCAUGCGCUCCCGUUACCCCGUCUCUUGCAGUAGACAUCCGGGUUUUAGAGCUAGUGAAAAAUCUGUUUGUACGGAUGACUCCCAACUCAACUGCGUGGUGCGAUGCGCUAGAAAAUUUUCUGAACGAGCGAGGUUAUAAAUUGAAUACCAAGGACAGUCUUAGACGCCGGUUUAGCAAUGCGUAUCAUUGGUAUACUGUUCUGACAAUAAUUGUGGCUUCUCAUGAAACACCUGGCAUACCACAAGUUCUCAGUCAGCCAAGUGCUUACCUUUCUUCGCGUUGUCCUCUGUGCUUCGGUGGGAGUAACUGGCAGCAACAUCGUGAUCCCGACACCACGGUCGACUGCAUCGUUUGUAUUGAUACUUGCUUCACUCAAAAGCGCUCCAACAACCCGCGAAAUGGUAUCAUGCAAGAUCCACCUAACCCAACAGCAACUGUCUUCAUCCCUGAACGCGAUGUCAAGGUUAUGGAAGACCACGUCAAUGACUGCCGUGGGGGUGGAACUGGGACACGCAAACGACCAAGGCAACCGGUUGAAGAGGUCCCCGACGGGUAUGAGGACGGGAUGAGGAUUCCAGUGUCUGUCUUGGAUGGGUGCAGCGAGUCCUUUGUGGCGGCAGACGAAAAGUGUGAAAAAGCAAGUACGCGCUUUUUUGCAGACACUGGACUCAUGGCAUUACUUUGUCGACAUGAUCGAGUGCUGUGGCUCGUCAACAUGACCUCUGCUGGCGAGAAGCAAUAUUACUCCCUUGCAUUAGUGAAGCGGCUCUUCGAGCAUCUACCGCCUAAUAUGCUGGUCGGGUUGCUAUACGACAUAGGAUGUCAACUUGAGCGUAGUUGUCGGAAGUGGGGCUUGCUUGAUGACUCUAUUAUAUCCCGUAUCAGCUUCGGAAUAUCCGUGUUUCACGCAUACGGUCACCAGUGGCCUUGCCAAAUCGUCUACCACCCUCGAAAGCGUGUUGGGUUUGGGAUAUCUGAUGGAGAGGGCUGCGAGCGUCUAUGGAGUGCCUUGAAACACCUCAUUCCAGUGCUUCGAGUUUCUGGUUAUCACCAGCGGUUAUUCGUACUGGAUGUGCAAGUGCGCUACUUGGCUCUCAAGUCUUUCGAUGCAUCGGGGCAAUGGCUAGCGCGGAAAUGGAUGCUUUGCCAGAAGAAGAAACAGGCGGCUCUCGAUGGCCUCAGGGAUCUUAGGUCUGAUGAGGACAUCCUCCGAGAGGAGUGGGCAGCCCAGGUAGCUCAUCAGACUAAGCCGAUAGCUCGCCGAUCUAAACAUAAAGGCGCAGAGGCUAUUGUGGGCGUUCUUGCAUUAGAAAAGACCCUUGAAAGCCACCAGAGCAUCGUUCAUGAACUCGAACAUCGGCUCAUUAGCAACAAUCUUCAUGAUGCGCGUGCCCGAUGUGCUAAGGUCAUCGAGACCCUUGGGCGGAGACACGCCGCAUUAGGUGUUUCGGAGUAUGCCGAUCUGCAAAAGUUGAAGAAGAAUGUUUAUCUUCAACGACUUCGACAACGAAAAUUCGAGCUUGAAAAAUUGGAACGGUCCUAUCGAAACACAGUCAAUGAACUGAACAUGCGCAAUCACACAGAGGCCUCCAUCAAGCGCCGAGAACCAACAAUCCUCAAGAUCGUCUCAACAUACAACAACUUGUGUGACCAACUACACGUACUAAUACAUCAACACAAGGCCCCUGCUAAUGCCGUUCCACCCAUACCUAUCUCACGUGAUGGGAUCUUUCAGCUGGAUGUCGAUGAUGACAUAUGGCAAGAUGUAGGUCUGGAGGAUGAGACUGCGGACCCACCUCGAUGGCUUGCCGAUGACAAUGUUCGCCAGGGUAUUCGUCUCUUACUUGAUCUUGACCGCUGUUUGGAAGAAGAAGACAGGUUAAGACGCGAACACUGUGUAAUGCAAGAGUGUAUGAUCUUGGAGUGGACUGCACUUCAGGAGGCUCGAGAAGUCGCAGAUGUUGAUGUGGCAUGGCACCUCGAGAAACGUGCUGCGCAGCUAUCCCUCAUGUGCUUUGAGUGGCAAUCGAGAGUACGUCCCAUACCCACUGCAUGGGAAAUGCCUGAUAGCUGGGGACCGUCCUCCACUGAUAUUGCCCAUGCUGGGCAUUCACUUUACCACGCGAAAACUGCGCAGGCUGCGCAUGCUGACUCGUGGGAAUUGUCAGAGGAUGAGAACAAUGACGAUGACAUAGAUGAGGGAGGAGUUGAUGAUGAGUUGAUGGCAGCAGUGGAGGAAGUUGCUUAUGCAAAUGAAUAUCACAUUGUGGAUUCAGAUUCCGAAGUAGAGGACUGGGAUGAAGUACAUGUGCCAUCUUCUCCGACCUUGUAUUAA